UCCUGAUUAGGACCACAAACUCGAUCAGCAGAAGCACACUAGGAACAAUGUCUCGCCAUUCCAAAAACAACACGGCCCGUGGUCAUUUCACCUAUGCUGAGAAGCAGAUGCUUGAUUAUGGCACCAAAAAGCAACGACUGGGCCGAGAUUCUAUGCGGGACUAUGAUGCCUGCUACUUGUGUCUACAGACAGCAAGAGACCCUGUAUGCUGCUCGGAGGGCCAUAUCUCUUGCAGGGAAUGUGUCAUCGAGAACAUUAUUGCACAAAGACAGGAGAUCGACAGACAGGCAAAGCUGAGUGCACUUCAGCAGUCCCAGGAGCAACAAGAGCAGCUUAUGAAGGAGGAGCUGGCGCAACAGAUCAUCCUCAACGAAUUCCAGAAGAGCCAGAUGGGCGUCCUGUCAAAGACAAAUUUCGUGCGUGGAAAACUCACUGCAGAUGUACCUGUGCCCAAUUCGCCGGCCACAUCCACGUUGGAUGGUACUACUCAAAACGGAAAGAAGCGAACCUUUGAACUGGAUAUUACUGAGCUGGAAAGGGCAUCGAAGCAAGAGCGACUGGAUGUGGCAAAGGCGAUCGAAGAGGAGGCGAAGUCGAAGAAACCCGCGCUGCCAAGUUUCUGGGUGCCCUCCUUAACACCCUCGACCAAAAAAUCAGAGUUUAAGGCGACCAAGGUUCAUCCUCUUUGUACGGCCACUGACAAUGAACAUAAACUAAGCGUGAAGCAGCUGAUCGGCGUCAAGUUCGAAACAGCAUUUGAGGAUUACGAUGAGUCCGAGGCGAAGUCUGCAAAGGCCUCGUCUAUCUGUCCGAUCUGUCGCAAAGGCUUCACGAACACGACAAAGCUCUGCAUCCUGAAAGCCUGCGGACAUGUGUACUGUGAAAGCUGCUGCAAGCAAUUCGUGAAGAAGGAAGGCCGAUGUCAGACAUGUGGCCAAAAAGCUAAAGAAAAGGACGUUGUUUCCAUGAGAGGCGAGGGUUCAGGAUUUUCUGGCGGAGGCGCAAAGGAAGCAAAGAAGUUUGAUGUUGCCUUUCAGUAAGCAAAGAAAUAAAGUUUCUACUUUUUUUUUGUCGUACACGAGGUGUCCUUCACAAGAGUGGUAACAAGCGUGUCUUGUGUCUACGCUUGUCAAUUUAAAAGACGACAAAGACUUUCAUUCC